AUGGAGAAACCAUGGAAGUGUGGCGACUGCGGGAAAGGGCGCAGUCACACCAGGGAGAAGCCAUUCUCCUGUCCUGAGUGCGGGAAGGCCUUCAGUGAUUCCUCUGCCCUGCUGAGGCACCGGCGGGUGCACACAGGGGAGAGGCCCUUCAGCUGCCCUGAGUGCAGGAAGAGCUUCAGCGAUUCCUCCGCCCGGCUGCGGCACUUGCGGGUGCACACAGGGGAGAGGCCCUUCAGCUGCUUCAAGUGUGGGAAGACCUUCAACGAUUCCUCCGCCCUGAUCAGGCACCAGCGGCUGCACACAGGGGAGAGGCCCUUCCGCUGCCCCGAUUGUGGGAAGGUGUUCACUCGCUCCUCCCACCUCGUGAUUCACCGGCGGGUCCACACCGGUGAGAAGCCCUUCCCCUGCCCCAAGUGUGGGAAGGCCUUCAGCGAUUCCUCUGACCUGCUGGCCCACCGGCGGGUCCACACUGGCGAGAGGCCAUUCACCUGCUCUGUCUGCGGUAAGUGCUUCACACGCUCUUCCGACCUGCUGAAGUACCAGCAUGUCCACACUGGGGAAAGGCCCUUCAGCUGCUCUGAGUGCGGGAAGGGCUUUACUCAGGCCUCCCACCUGCUGACACACUGGUGGGUCCACACUGGGGAGAGGCCGUUCACCUGCCUCGAGUGCGGGAAGGGCUUUGCUGUCUCCUCCAGUCUACUGACGCACCAGCGGGUCCACACUGGGGAGAGGCCGUUUGCCUGCCCUGCGUGUGGGCAGAGGUUCACAAUGUCCUGCAGUUUGAACAAGCACCAGCAGAGGCACCAAUGCUCCCAACAAUCAGAUUCUGCCGGUAACGCUGCUGAGGGUCACCCCCAGGACUGA